GUACCUGCACAAGUUAACACACUUGGAUUUGCAGCUGUACCAGUAUGAAUUCUACUCUGUCUGGGUCUUUCUGAUGGUGAGGUGAUAAAUGAGGCUGUCAUCAAUCAUCUAUGAUUUUUUUUCCCCCAGUCAUUCAGAAACAUUCAGAAAUAAACCGGAUGCAAACAUUUAAACCCGAGCCGCGUCUUUCCCUCCUUGCUGCAGGUUUGCAACUGUGCGAUGCUGGUGGUUGGUGUCGUCCUCAACAGUCUGGCUCUGUUUGUUUUCUGCCGGAUCUCCACUCGCUCCUCGGCCUCUGUGGUUUACACCAUAAACCUGGCAGUCGCUGACCUGCUGGUGGCGCUGUCGCUGCCCGCCCGCAUCGCCCUGUACCACAGCGGCGGCAGCUGCGUGGCCUGCUCUUACGUCCACACCUUCAGCUACUUUGUCAACAUGUACUGCAGCAUCCUGUUUCUCACCAGUAUCUGCGUGGACCGAUACCUCGCUGUCGUCCACGCCGCCAGCACUCUGCAUCGAUGGAGGACAACCGGAGCAGCCAAGUGCGUCAGCGCCGGCGUCUGGUUCAUAGCAGUUGUGGUGACCUACUCUUUCCAGACCAGCGCUUUAAAUUUCAACUCCUCCUGUGUGAGCCUCCCCACCCACUUCUACCUCACUGUCCUGGAGUUCCUCCUCCCCAUGCUGGCUGUGGUGGGGUUCACCGUCCGCGUCGCCUGCUUCCUCUCCUCGCGCCGCGGACUGAUUCCUCGGCACAGCAGGGCCAGGAGGAGUCGCGCCGUCCGGCUUUUGGCCACCGUCCUGGUGGUUUUCACCAUUUGCUUCACGCCGUUCCACCUCCGCCAGGUGCUGGUCUACUUCCAGGUGAGGCUGGCAGGAGGAAGCGACGGGCAGCGUGGGGCGGGAAACGUGCUGGCCUAUCACCUCACGGUGAGCCUGAGCAGCCUCAACAGCUGCCUGGAUCCGGUGGUGUACUGCUUUGUGACCGACAGCUUCAGGGGGAUGUGGAGGACGAGGAGAAGGACGGCGGCGGAGAGAGACUUGAAGGUUUCAAGCGGCGCAGAAGGGGAGCAGACUUCAGUCAAGAAAUGUCCGGGUACGGCCCUGGCGAUAGCUCACAGCGUGGCCGCACUCACCCUGAGCAGCACAGUGGCCUCUGCAGCCGACGUGGACCGGUCGGCGUAGAGAGAUGGAGCAUUCCUCACCAGAACCCGGGGAGAAAAACUCACCCAGACUCAAAGAGAGAUCAAGCGGACGUCUUAAUCACCAUGGUUACAUGUUUUUAGGCUCAUUCGCCACUAAAUGGUGCUUAUUCGAGUAUCAGCCAUUAUUUCAAAUAAACACCAAAGUUCCCCAGACGUUCACCACAUUAAAACAGUACAAAUAGAGCAUUUUCACGUGUUUAGAGAGCGUCUAAUUAGAUCAAAGAUUACUUUUAAAACAAUGUAGGUUAUCUUUAAAUACCUUAACUGAGGCUGGAGCAGGAGAAUAAAGGUUGAAGUUUGAAAGGAAACUCAGAACCCAUCUACAUUAACUGGCACUAAUCCAUAAGAAAAUCCAUCUUUUGUCAAAUUAGUAAGAAAAAAAAAACACAUGGUAACAAUCAUAAAUAUAUGCCAAAUUAAAAUAGAUGUAAAAACACACACGAAGUAUAAAAUUAUGGAAAUAAAGUAAGAAAAAAAUAGUUAAUGUUGCUUUUGCUUUUAUUUUAUUUCAAUGCCAUCAGAAAAGCUUUUAUUGUUUUCAGUUGCUAAAAGUUUACUAUAAUGUGCACUGAUCAGAUUUUACUUUUAAUUUAUUCUUUUUUUGUGUGUGAUUUGCUUUGGCACGUUGCUUUUCAUGAAACAUGCAACAAAUAGUAUAUACUAAUAAUUUCAUUUAUUUUAAUUGGUUAAUCCAUUCUGCAUUCAUUUUAAACAACUAGUAAAUGUACCCAAUAACAGCCAAAGCUUAUUUCCAUUGUUUUUCUCCUUACCAGAUGAUACAGGAUGAAUUACCUAAAAGUAAUUACGGUAAUAAUUAUAAUUAACGCCACUCCGGCCUCCAGGCGACCGUGGAAGCUCCAGCGACGCCGCCCGCCAGCCACCGCUGAUGCUCUCACGCAGUUCCCGCACCCGUCAGCCAGGCGAUACACACUGAUGCGAUCAGCAGUACUCCCUGAUGAUGCACCAAAAAUCUGGUGCAGAUAUUCUGUUGUGUUGAGGAGAUAUAGGUGAUAGAAAAACCUAGGGGGUGCAGCGGAGUCAAAUUACAGUUCAAUGCUAUUGGACUCUUUAGAGGUGAACAAAGGUCAUACAUAUCCAGUUUGGUCCAAAUCGGAUGAUCCAUGUGUGAUUUAGAGACGACCGUAUGCAUAUGACGAGAGAUUGCAAUUCGCCGUUCGGCCACAGCCAAUACGGUUCAGCCAGCAUUGACAGAGUUCAUCAUCAUGCCAUUUUAUGUCAGUUGGCACAGGAUUAAACCCAAAUGAAUCAUAGAGUAAAAGUAAGACAUACGGUAGAAAAAAACAGAUGACUUCCUGUUGGAGGGGGGCAGGGCUAAGGUGAUGUCAUCAAUUGACCAUGUGAAUGUGAUGAGGACUGGUCUGUAGUGAGACAUAGCAAGUCUGAUGAAGCUCUGACCUUGUAUGUGGAACUUAUUGCACCUUGAUGUUUCAUGGCGAAUAGUCAAAGUUUGACACUCAGCCACGCCCACAUGCUUUGAUGUACAAAAAAUCCUGAUAACUUUUGACCUUCAUUGCCUCAAAACUGCUGACUGAGUUUGAAGUCUGUAUCUUAAAAGCUGUAGGACGAGUUCAAUCAGAUGUGGCAUCUAUAAAAAAGAGGAAAUGGCGACUUUGAUCCAAAAUGGCCGACUUCCUGUUGUGUUUGGACCAUGGCUCCAAGAGACUUUUUUAUAGGUCCUGACAAGAUACAGAUGUGUACCAAGUUUCAUAAUUCUGGGUUAAAGCAUGGCUUGGGGCUGAUUAUUUAAAAUAUUCUAGGGGGCGCUGUAGAGAAAAUAGGCAACACCCACCAACGAUUGUUAUGGAUUCCUGUGGGCUGGUGGAUGAGGAUCCAUCCCAGUGAGUUUGGUGCAGCUCAGCUUGAAACUGUGGAAUUUAGAGCCAAACGUAUGGCAACGGCGUUAUAGGUCACUUCGCCACGCCGCCACGCCCGCCUGCUCCAUCAAAACUGGUCAGGGUUGGAAUCCACAACACACCAACAUAUCUUCUGUCUCUUGACACAGUUUCAUGUUGAUUUGAUUAGGGCAAAGGGGUCAGAUGGUGACCGUUCACAGUAAAACAUGACACUUUCUGUUCUCAGGGGGCGUGGCUUAAGUGAUGUCAUUAUUUGACCAUUGGGUGUUGUAGGACACCCGAUGAUGAUCAAUCACUGGAAGUUUGGUGCCUCUGUGAGUUUUUGUGUAUAAUUAUCUAAAAGCAUAAUAAAUUAAAUAUGCUUUUAUGUUUUUGUACAUUAAGAUUAUAGUUGUGAAUCGAAGCAAUAGUCAUUGGAGAAAAAGUAUUUUGUCCAAUUGAAUAAAACGUGAAAAGGGCAAGAGAGAAGCAAUUGAUUAUUUACUUAGUUGAUUUUAAAGGUGUUUUCCAUACAGUGUCUAUUCAGAGUGUUACUUUAUGGAGGCUCAAGCAUAUUUAUUCAGAGAGAAAUAUUCAGGCUUUAUAUAGAAAACAGAUCUACUAACAAAAAUAAUCAUCUUUUUUAUAGCAACAAAAAAGAAUAAACUAAAAAGAGACACAUAUUUACAUCUUUUCAGUGAACAAGGCAUAAUAUAUGUAUAUAUUUAUUAAUUACACGGCAUAUAACUGCUUUCCCGUUCUUUAAAUAUCUGUCUUGAUUUAAUCUCUAUUAAAAUCAGAGUAUAAAGGCAUUUUUCUCCUCCGCCGUUAACCACACAAAGCACUCGAGGUACAGCCACACUCUUGAGAUUCGACAGGUUGCAGCGACUCGCUGCUCGCUGGAAUAACAGAAACAGCUUCACGGAGUCUCCACAUUCAUGCACCCAUCAGGAAAACCAACAUAGUGGCCACUGGAAAAGUGCAGAAGCUAAACUUGCGAGUGGCUCAGCCCGAGAAAACAAGUACAACCAUUUUUUUUUUUUUUUUACAUCAAAACAGAGACCUGUAUUUCAGUAUUGCAGCGGACGUUUCCAGAGUUAAGUGUAAACCAGGCGUUUGCAAAAAAAAAAA